GAAGUAAUAAUUCUCUAUGCUUAGUAUUUUGGUAUUAUAAACCGGAAGUUACGAUUAGAAGAUAGCCAAUUCUCUAGUAUUUCAGUCCGAAUCCGAUAGACUAAUAGUGACAAAGGAAGGGAUAGAAAACUUUAUGUAAUAGUCGUCGAUCAGUGUUCGGUUUAAAACGAUGACUGUCAGAGUACUUUUUAUGAUUCUUCUGAGCGUGUGCAACUCGUUUACUCUGCUAGUUGCAUCUACGACACGAUCUUGUAUGGUUGCAUUCAGUGAUUACGAUGACGGAUGUGGUGUAUUAAAGCAGUCUUUCAAUGGAGUAACGUACUGUGAGUUUCUUGGAAUACGCUACGCACAAGCACCAAUUGGAGAAUUGCGGUUUGAGAAUCCAGUUCUUCUACAUCCGAAAGGAAGGCAAUCCUUCGAUAGGUUAGGAAAUAUUUGUCCUCAAGUGGAUGACCUGAAUCAAGCUACAAAAGUUUUGGGUGAUGAAGAUUGUUUAUUCUUGGAUAUAUAUUCACCCAUUCAGAAUGAAUCUGGUAAAGAUCGCAAACUUCCAGUUCUUGUAUUUGUUCAUGGAGGAAGUUUUGCUGUGGGAUCAUCAACCAGCGAUCUCCAUGGAGUAGACCUUUUAAUGGAACAAGGCAUCAUAGUUGUAAGUGUACAAUACCGUUUGGAUCCGCUUGGGUUUCUACGUUCAAGCGAACUCAACAUUAGUGGAAACUUCGGAUUAAAAGAUCAACGAGCAGCAUUGCAAUGGGUUCAAUUGUAUAUUGCAAACUUUCAAGGAGAUCCAGGAAAAGUGACACUUAUGGGACACAGCGCAGGUGCAGCAUCAGUGACUUACCAUUUGUAUUCCAAUGGUUCUAAAGGUUUAUUUCAGCAAGCUUUUGCCCUAGGAGGGUCAAUGCUGGCUCCAUGGGCUUUUUUAUAUGAUGCCGACAACUACUCGUACCAAUACUUCCGAGAUUUAAACAUAACCUCUAUUAUGGAGCUGAAGCAAAUUGAUUUCACAAAGUUUUGGGAUAAAGACAUUGUUUAUCGUUUUGCUACUGUUAACUACGCAUUUUGUGUUCCAAGUGCAGAGCUAAACAGCCCAGGAGCAUUUUUUACCAAAUCGCCUCAGGAUCAAAUCCGUGAAAAACCGGUGAAUGCUGUUCCAUUACUGUUUGGACAAUCAUCGGACGAAUUUGAACUCUUUCUUAGCUACGUGCAUGACUACUGGAUGGGAGAAAACUUCCCGAAUAUUAAAAAUGACACACUUAAACAAUAUAUUGAGGAUGUGGUUGACAGGGCAGCUGAACUCGCUGAAGGUCGUAAAGUUGAACUAAAUAAGGACGUGUUCUACCAGGAGUUGGCAAACACAGCAAAUUGGUUCUUCCCGAAUAAAUUGUUAUUGGACGAAUAUUCCAGAUGGGUUCGCGACAGAACAUAUUUCUUUCGAUUUCAAUUUGACGGGAAAUUUGGUCGCUUUAAGCGGGAAUUUCAGAAAGUAAUAGCAGGAGUCAAACAUUACGGAGCAAUUCACGGCGAUGAAUUAGGUUACAUUUUUACACCCCAUAAUUGGCGGGAAGCACUCGCUAAUAGAAGCUUGUACGAAGACGAGUGGAUGGUGCAUAAGCGAACGGUACAACUGGUAGCUAAUUUUGUUAAAUUUGGUACACCAAACCCUAUUGGGUCCCACAUGGUUUGGCCACCUUACUUAGGAUAUUCUGGAAUUACUCAAUAUUUAAACAUCGAUAAAAAUUUCGAAAUUCGAACGGAUAACAAUAAUUUAUAUCACUCUUUCUGGAAUAUAAUUUAUCAAUGUUUAUAUCAUUUUCGAUGUAACGAAAUUGACGAUCUUCCGCAAUUAGUUCAAAAAUACAUUGUUAUUCCAGAGUUAUAA